AUGAGUCCGGAGGAGCACGAAGAACUUCGACGACAAGUUGAAGACUUACUGAUCAAGGGUUAUGUUCGUGAGAGCUUAAGCCCGUGCGCGGUUCCAGCGUUGCUUAUUCCAAAGAAGGACCGGUCGUGGCGCAUCAACACACUCAACGAUCACCUUUCUCACCUACGUGACGUGCUACUUGCCUUGCGUAAAGAAAACUUAUAUAUCGCAAAGCAAAAGUGCGAGUUUGGUGCUUCUGAAGUAUUGUUUCUUGGUUACGUCGUUUCCGCGGCAGGAUUGAGAGUCGAUCCCCAGAAAGUCGAGGCUGCUGUAGUCUCAUGGCCAACGCCAACAACUAUCACAGAGGUCAGAAGCUUUCAUGGCCUCGCUUCAUUCUAUAGGCGUUUUGUUCAUAACUUCAGUGCUCUCAUGGAUCCUAUUACCGAUUGCAUGAAGCAAACGUCGUUUGCUUGGACCUCGGAAGCAGAUGCAGCAUUCGCAGUAAUCAAAGACAAACUCACGACUGCUCCCAUAUUGGUACUGCCUGAUUCGAUUCUCCUUUGA